AUGGCUUUUGGGGACCUCUUGGAGAUUGUGGGCGCAACUGGACGCUUUCAGAUCGUGCAUGUGACUCUUUUGGCAUUACCGGUCAUAAUGAUGGCCAGCCACAACCUAUUGCAAAACUUUGUAGCUUAUGUUCCCUCUCACCACUGUUCUCCGCCCACAAACCUGUCCCUGAGACGGCUGAGCCCAGAGAAUACCCUGCUGGUCACUGUGCCUAUGGAUAAAAUGGGGAAACCAGAAAGAUGCCAGAGAUAUUCAUCUCCACAGUGGCACCUGCUGGAUAAUACCAGUACUGCAGUUGUGGAGGAGCCAGGGGACCAAGAAGAAGCACUGCAAUACUGCUCUGACGGAUGGACUUACAGCAUGAAGGAGAGGGACUCUAGUAUCAUAUCAGAUUGGGACAUGGUGUGUGACCUGCGCUCCUUGAAGCAGAUGUCCCAGACUGUGUACAUGGGAGGAGUCCUGGUGGGAGCGUUCUUGUUUGGAAGUCUGUCGGACAGAUACGGCCGCCGCAUGCUCCUCAUCAUGUCCCACCUCCUGAUGGCCGUGUGUGGCACUUGUGCAGCCUUCUCCAACUCCUUCUCUCUCUUCUGCUUGUUUCGCUUUGGCUGCGGCAUGGCUUUGUCCGGCCAGGGCCUCAACACGUUCUCCCUCAUUGUGGAGUGGAUCCCGACGCGUAUCCGGACGGUGAUCGGGACGCUGACAGGAUACUGUUACACCUGCGGACAGCUCGUGUUUGCGCUCAUCGCUUACUUUGUGCGAGACUGGAGGUGGCUGACUCUGGCCGUGUCUCUGCCGUUCUAUGUUUUCUUCCUCAUCUCAUGGUGGUUCCAUGAAUCCUCCCGAUGGUUAGUUCUUAAUCACCAACCUGAAAAAGCCAUCAAAAACCUCAAGAGUGUGGCCAGAAUAAACGGUCGACGUGAUGAGGGGGAGAAGAUUGACCUCAAGGCAGUGCAAGAAUCCAUGCAGAAGGAAAUGUCCAGUUCAAAGGGGACGUACACUAUUUUGGACCUGUUCAAGACCCCCACCAUGAGAAGCAUGACCCUGAACCUGGGCGCUGUGUGGUUUUCCACAAGUUUUGCAUAUUACGGCCUUGCACUGGAUCUCCAGAAGUUUGGGGUGGACAUGUACUUGAUCCAGGUCAUCUUCGGAUGCGCCGACAUCCCAGCGAAGCUCAUCAUCACCAUCACCAUGAGCCGAUGGGGCAGGAGGCCGUCACAAGCGGGGGCCCUGAUCUUAGCUGGAAUCUGCAUUUUAGUCAACCUGCUCGUGCCGCAGGAUCAACCGAUCACACACACAUCUAUAACAGUGGUGGGUAAAGGCUGUCUUGCCGCCUCCUUCACCUCCUGUUACCUGUUCACCGGAGAGCUCUACCCCACCAUCAUUCGUCAGAACGGCAUGGGUCUGGCCUCGAUGAUGGCUCGUGUUGGGGCCAUGGUUGCUCCUAUGGUGCUGCUGAGCGGGGACUACAUCUCCUGGCUGCCCGGUCUGAUCUAUGGAGGGGCGCCCAUCCUCACCGGAGUGGCCGCCAUGCUCCUCCCAGAGACACUGGGCUGCUCGCUGCCAGACACCAUCCAGGACGUGGAGGACAGGGGCAAAGGAGGAAAACCCAAGAAGGCCAAAGAUGCUGCUGCCGUUCAGGAUAACCUUAUUGGCCUUAAACAAGUGCCCUAA